UCUCCUGCAUGGGUUAUAAGUACACCACAUGGUCCGAUCCUAGCAUCAUUUUUCACCUUCACCAGUGCGGUUGAACAGUAUCAUGUCAAAUUUGCCCGAGUCUUCUCCAUUGUUGACUGAGAAGCUGACGGCCAGGAAAGUACUCCGAGCCAUCGGCGCAGGGAUUUUUCUGUUUGCUGGUAUCAUCAAUAGUAUCUGCAUUGCAGCCAUUUUCAUCUAUGUUGGGUCUACCAUUCCAGCGCUGAGGCCAUAUGCCAGCUAUGUUGCUUUCUACACGCUCGGGGCGAGGACCAUCUUUCUCGUGGGGGCGUUCCUUGCUGGAUGCUAUUGGUGCUGUCUUCGACUGGUAGCACCAAAACAGGGCGGAAGCAGCAUUAAGAAGUGGUAUGUGAAAGUACAAGAAACCACGAGUCCAAAGGACGGAAAGCUAAGCAAGGCGGGAAGAAGAUAUUAUGGCGAGUUGUUGAUGCUAAACCGAAGGAGCGACUGCUGAUGUUCUUCCGAUUGCAGCCUUCUUGGGCGUACUGAAUACCAUUAAUGGAUUGGGUUAUAUUUUCCGCACCUGGAAACAACCCGAGUUUUUAAACAAGUUCCAGUUUGUUAUGGGUUUUAUUAUGCUCCUUACUGCCGCUCGUUCGAUCUACUUUGCCUAUGUAGGAAGGGUACCGGUGCCAAAAAAGAAGGGCGACGGAGGCGAGAACAUGACUGCGGGCAAUGAUGAGAGUGCUCAGCUGGUUGAGGUUACUCCAGCAGGCGAAUAUACCACAACUCAGUGAGGUGGUUGUUAUACGGGAAGCAGUAGAUAG